UCCGACGUCAUCUCCCUUCAUCCCCACCCCCAUAGUCCCCCACCAUGAUCAAGGAAGGUACCGUCACCAACGAGAGCGUCACUGCGUAUGACGCACCUGCAGCCUCGUCCGCUUACAGGCCCGAGCCUCAGCGGUACUCACCUGAUGGGUUCGACGAGAAGCAUGACACAGGGCUUCACCGUUCUGCACCUCAGAAGAACUUCGUCGCAUCUCCUGAGUACCACUUGAACGACCGACCUUUUUUCGUUACGAUUGACAAGACCGGCCUCAUCGGGGCGCUGCAGAAGCUGGACCAGCAACUGAAACAGUCCGGACGCAGCCACAUCUUGUCGCGCAAGCGACCAACGGAUUGGAUAGGCAAAGAAGUCACUCCUGGCCAAAUAGGCCUGAUCAACCAUGGUGGUUUGCCCAGCAUUCUUACCCGCCCAGGACGGUACCCUGGCAUGCCUCUUCGCAAUUGGUGGGCACGCACAUGGUGCGGUACCAAAGGAUUGUCAGACACUGUAGUCGAGUUCCAGGGAUUGACGAUAGUACAGGUCUCUCAGAACCAGGCAGCAGUCGUAUCCGACCCUCAGAACCAAAUAUUCGUCAUCAAGAAUGCAGGCUUCGUCGCCUAUGCUAUCGAAGGUGCCUACAGGGUCCUCUCGAUUGUCGACCAGACGCACCUCCCCACCGAGGUGAAGGAUCAUGUCACCAAGAACACACUCGGAUGGAAGCACGAGGUGACCAUGAAGAGCAGCUUGCGCGAUGGGGCACAGCGGGAAUACGUCGUGGCGCUCUUCCUGAAUGUCCCCGCCAAUAACUGUGCGAUUCUUCAGAAAGGCGAUGACCUGGAGCAGCUCCCCGCCGGGCAGCACUACAUCACGAACCCCAAUGUUACGCUGCGCGGCUUGUUCACGCUUGGCGAGAACCAGAUUGAGAUGCCGACGAAGGACAUCUUCACGAGGGACCAGGUCCCCGUUGCGUUGACGAUCUACCUGAAGUGGCAACUUACGGAGCCGUUGAAGUUGACCACACAUGGCUACAAUACGCCUUAUGACGCCCUCCGUGACAAAUGCCAGUCUAUCCUCACCCAGAUCGUGGCGCACCUGGACUACAGCUCUAUGGUGAAGCAGCGCUCGCUUGGCCCAGACAAUCUACAAGACGGCAGCGAUCCCAACGGCGCCUUCUUAGAUGCGUUGCGGACCCGGGCCAUGGACGAUCUGCACAUCGCUGCGCUCGAAUAUGGUAUCGUCAUGAAGGACCUAGCUGUCAUCGACCGGCAGUUCAAGGGUGAAAUGGCAUCCACGAUGGAUAGGCUCACGACACGAGCGUUGCAAGCCCAGGUCGAAGCGGCCAACGUGGAUCGGGAGAACAGCAACAGGAUCAAGCAGGAGGAAGGCACGCUUGCCGUCGCACGCGUCAAAGCUCAAUCGCAGAACACCCUCGCAGACUCGCAAGCCUACAGCGUCGUCGCUGCCGCCAAGGCAGAGGCGCAGAAGGUCCAGAUCGAGGCCGAAGCACAGGCGCAAGCGACCCGUUUCGCAGCAGAGGCCGAGGCUGCAGCCAUCCGCAUUCGCGCGACCGCCGACGCUGAGGUGCGCGACCAGUUCGCUCGCGAGAUGCAGAUGCGUCGUGUGGAAGUGUCCCGCGUGCAGGCCUUUGGCUCGAAGACGGUGUUCGUGCCGACAGACGGUAUCGGUGCGCAGAUGGGCAGCGCGUUGGCCACAGGGCUGGCUGCCGGGAUGGGUGCAGAUGCCCGGCAGUGAGUCAUCUAGCCUUGGACUAGUAACCACGGUGUGGUUGUAUGGUGCAUCAUUCAUCGUCUCUCUUUGAACAUUCCAUUAUACUCUGACUGCUGUAUUUAAACGCACUGUUGUUGCUCGUGCGCUCGUUACCCCUUGUAUCUGCUACAUCCAGGCUGUUCGAAUAUAUUAGUGUACCACUAGUAAGUUACUGCGAUACAUACAUAAUGAUGGAAUGUAAUUCGAGUGUACCGGUAGGCGGACCAUAGUGAGCUUGAUGUUUAAUAUGGUUACGAGGGCCAUGGCCUUUGCUCACCACA